AUGAUAUCUUCUCGCUUCUCGCCUGCGUCGGAUCCCGCCCGCCCGUCUGAGACCGGUUCGGAUUCAAGGGUUAAAGUCCCUGUCAACACCAGCUCGACCUUGGUCGCCUCGCUUGGUUCCCUUGCCCUUCGAUUCGUCGCUUCGGCCGCGUCUUACCUUCGCCCUCUUCUGGCUUCCCCCUGGGAACGGAUCAGGUACGCGCUAACUCAUCGGCAACUCUCCUUGACUGGGGUUGAGCUCAUGGAGCUUCGUUCACUGAUAUUGUCCUCUAGUGGCUUCCUCUUCGCUCCGGCACCCCUCGCGAUGCUUGUCGACAGCUCGUCUCCUCGUCAACCCCAGACCAGAGCUUCUCGAUCCUCGAUCACGGCGCCCUCUUCUUCUCAUGGUAUGUCCUCUCCCUCUGAGGGCUUUUGUUCGCGGUUCACUGCUCCUGUCCCCUUCGUUUGUACCCCUCCCCCUCUGUCCUCCCGAGCGUUCACGCUCAGCAUGUCUCAUUACAUGGGUUCUCUUCCGAGAAGAAGCCCUUCCCCUGUUCUUGUUUCUGGUCGUUCUCGUUCCCCUCCCCGCGCCUCUCCUGCUCCGUCAGUCGAGAGGAACACCAUCCCCAUUGACAUCUUCUCUCCCCUUCUGCCCCGAUCCCCCUUUGCCCCGACCCCCUCCAGGCUCCCUCUCUUUGAGAACGAGACCUGCGCGGUUCAUCAUCCUUUUGUUCCUUAUGCUUCUGCUUCUCCUGCCCCGGCUUCCAUAAGGACGCCUUCGGUUUCUUUUGUCACCUCGCACUGCCUUGAAGACCCCUUUGUCGAUUCUCCUUCACCUACACGCCCUGUGCCUGACUUUGAUCAGCUCAUGGCAUUUGCCGAAAGGCAGAUUAGCAGGGCACGCAGUGCCCGGCUUCAUCCCACGCGUUUUGUUUCUUCUUCCAUCUCUGGUUCUUCCCUUUCCCUUUCUGCGUCUUCCCCUGCUGGUUCCUUGGUUUCUGCCCCUCGCGAGAUGGAUACAAUGGAUCAUAGUGUCGAGCGCAUGCGCCUUCGGGCAAUUGAACUUGACCGCGAGACUGCGUUGAAGCUUGCACAGCUCAAGGCUCUGGUGGCCAGUGGCCCGCUGACGAAGCCGUCUGCUGACAAGAGCUACGACUACUCUACGGACUCGCCGACUCCUCACACCAUCUCGAACUGGGACUCUACCCUCGAGGAGGAUCGCAUCAGUUCGUACUCGUUUACACACAUGCCCACGCCUACGGCACAGGUCCCCGCAGCCUUGGCUGAGUGGGAUACUUCGUCGUUGACUUCCUCUGCUGUUUCUGCUUCUCCUGCUGUUUCUGCUUCUCCUGUUGUUUCUGUUCCUGUUCCUGUUGCUCCUCCCCAACCAUCUUCGCCCGUCUUGACCCCGGUCAAGAUCAUGCCAGAUGGUAGCAUUCGUGUGCGCUGCUUUGUACCCCAUAUCCCAGAUCCCCUCCCCAUGUCUCCUGGUGGCGAUGCGGUCCUGCGCAAGUUUGCGCGCAACAUUACCCAAGCCCACUUCGCCGCUCGCGGUAAGAAGUUGCCCCCUUCCUGGACGCCCCCUUCCUUUGCCCAUGGAAAGCCUGGUUUCUCCAAGCUUCCGCAACCCAUUCCUGUAUCCCCUCCACCCCCUCGUCGCAUUGUUUUCAUUAGUCGUCGUUCUCGUCGUGCUGGUCCUUUGUGA